AUCGUGGUCGUUUCUUGGGGGAGGGGGGUUGCGAUUUGGGGGUGGUCGGCGAUUUAAAGCUAGUCGUGGUUAUGGCUGCGGUUAUGGUGGGUUCCAGUGGGGCUGGGUUAGGCUGGGGGAGGAGGUGUGUCGAUGAUGAGCUGCGGGUCGGUGGCUGUGCUGGGUGAGGGCGGAGAAUAGGGAGGCGAUGGUGGCGCUGGGUAGUGUUAGGAUUUUUUUUUUUUGGUUUUUUUGACCAAACAACAAGCGACACGUGGCAAUGAGACCCCACUUAACAAAUUCAUGGACGAAAUCUGUAAAGUGGUGGUAAAAUCAAAUUUUCGAAAAAUUUGUUGGUGUUAAAAUAAUUUUUUUUUAUGGGGGUGUUAAAAUCUAAAAUUUCCUAAGACAAAUCCAAAGUCCAAACACAUUAGUCCAAAGUCCAAACACACAUACCACCCUAAAAAUAAUAAAAAGACACGUAAAAAAAAGGAAUAAUAAUAUUGCAAAAAAUCUUAUUAAUAAAAAAGAAAUUGAAAACAAUCGUGCUCCAGUUUUCUUCGUUGUUAUUUGGUUCCUUUUUCUGACAUCUUCUCCCGCUCUCCUCCUUGUCUUCGUUCUGGUUCUCAAUUCUCAUCAAUUUUCUCUCUCAUCAUUUUCACCUUUCAAUCAUUCAAUUCACGAAGAAUUAAAUCCCCAAAUCGAUUAAACUCCAUCUCAGUUAUUUGCAGUAAUUGCCACAAUUUUCUUUAUCCUCAUCCAUUUAUGGAGUUCCAUUACAUAAUCCUCAGUUCUCUUUACUUCUCAGUAAUACUUAAUUGAUUGAUUGUUUUGUAGUUUACAGAGCAUUUCUACUUUCCCAGGUGAUCAACUAUGGGUGUUGGAGAGAAUGGAGAAGGUCCUGCUGUACUGCAGUUGCACAGAUGGGAUCCUUCUCAUAUCCGACCAGAUCUAUCGGAGUAUCAAGAAGCUUUUCUUUCUCCUAUGAGGGAGCUCCUACUAUUGCAUUCAUAUCAAAGUGAAGCUUUGUUGCUCCCUUUAUCAAGAGAUGAUUCCUAUUGCAUAUCCUCUGAAUAUUGUAAAUAUGAAAGUCAAGAGAGUGUAAAUUUGUCAUCUUCGUCAGCUUGUAGACCAGAUUCAUUGGGAGAUAUUCGAAGUAAUCCUGAAUCAGUGGAAGGGGUUUCUAAUGAUGUUUAUUCUGCUAAGAGCAGUAUUUCACAAUCAAAUACUUUCCCUUCUAUAUCUGAUGUAAGUUCGCUGGCUUGGGGCUUGUGUGGAGAUACUUAUAAACAGAACAAGGAAGCACCAUUUAGGGAAUUUCUCAUAGUGGUUGGCAAUUGUGGUGUAAUUUUCCAUGCUUUUCGUCAAAUUAAUGAAACUAAUGCAACACAGUCAUUUGAAGAUGAAAAUAAGCCUGGGAGAUGGGUGGAAUGGGGGCCGGGUAGUGUGUCUCCUUGUGACAAUGAAGCUCUUGGAGAUGUCAGUGUUGCAAGUAGGACUAGUGGAGCUGAAGGAAAUGUGUCUUAUACUGGACAGGAUUCAACAAGCCAUGUCGUGAGUUCCUCAACCUCAAAGAAGUGGCUGCAGUCCUUUUUAAGCUCGUCCAAGGUUAUGGAAUCUGAUGGCACUAUACGGACCUGUUUUCCUGAGAAGUUAGUGCUUCCCUGCUCGGCAACUGUUGUCUCAUUCUUUGUUGAUUUCAGGGAUUCUGUACUCGUGAACUUCUAUUCCAGUACCCGUUCUGUACUAGAUGAAAGCGUACAUGGAGAGAAAAGAGUUCAAAUUCCAUUGGAUCAUACUUCAUUAGAUAGCAUCAAAUCUGUUGCAAAUGUUUCCGCCAGCAGUUCCUACACCUGUUUCAGAGUAUUUUCAAGUUGGUUUCACUACAUGAUUGGGUUUGUUUUGUCUGCUGGGUUUGAUAAUACCAAAAUCAGUUGUGAUUAUAGUUGUGAAAGUCAGGACAUAGUGGUUGUUGUUGGUCUUUUAGACAUAUAUGGGAUUCAGUGGCUGUAUAAUGUUAAGCUUCCCCAAAAGGGUAUAGGCUUGGAACCUGAGUGGGUAGACUUUCAAAUUUCUGACAAGUUUCUCAUUUCUCUUAACAAAUUUGGAUCCAUUCUUCUUCAUGGUGCAGUCACGGGGGAAUAUAUUGCAUAUUUGGAUAUCUUACAUAUACAUGGAGUUAAACCUGAAAAGAAUUUGUCAGAACAAGAAACUUCAUCAAUAGCUAUGAAUAUCGCAGACGGCGAUGUAUUACGAAAUAAGUUUGAGGAUACUCAAGCUUGCAGCGUUGCCUAUAAACGAAGUUUCAGAAGAUUGAUUGUUGCUCCAUAUUCCUGUCAAUUCAGUGUUGUUGACGAAUGUGGCGUACUUUAUAUAAUAUGUGCAAGUGAUCACGUGCCUGAUAAAUAUGUUAUGAUUGACAAGAUACUUCCACAAUACCUGAAGCUUGGUGUUCUGGCCCCAUGGGUUGUUGGUCAUUCUAACAUAAGUCAACAGAAUGUCUUUUGCACUUCUUCAGGCUGUGAGAAGUCAGUUAUAAAGGAUGACUUAGGAAGUGGUCAACAUGUUCAGAACUGGCAUAUUCAGGGGAUGGUCAGUCAAAAUGAUUUGAAUUUGAAUGGCUUCGCUACAAUUUCCCAGCAAAGCAGUCCAACUGUUUCAGAAUCUAGAUGCAAGUGCUGUAUUAGGAAGUUAUUCAUUCCCAUCGCAAGACAUGGUGGGGCAGACAUUAUUUGUUUUUCUUCUUUUGGGGUCACCCGUCUAAUUAGAAGAAAUAGUAUCGAUGAAAGGAGUUGUAUUGUUCAUACCAGUUUGUACAUAGAUUCAAAGUUUUGUGAUGAUAAUUGCGUGAAUGUUGUAAACAGAACACUUGACCUGCAAAGUGAAGCAAAUGUUGUUGAUGAAGAGGCUGUUGGUUGCAUUUUCCAGGGUUCUUUAUAUUUAGUUACAAGGAAAGGAGUCUCUAUAGUUCUUCCCGCUGUCUCAUUGUCAUCUAAUUUCCAUACCAUUGACUCUAUUAGCUACCAUUCGACAAAAACUACUCAAUCGACUGCACUUAACUUACAGAAGUCAUCGAUAUAUGAUAAAUCAAAACAGCUUCGGUCUCCAUGGCAAGUCGCAGUUCUUGAUAGAAUUAUUCUAUAUGAAGGUCCUCAUGAAGCGGAUAGGUUGUGUUUGGAGAAUGGGUGGAAUCUUGGAUUUUCCCGCCUGCGUCGUCUGCAAUUGGCGUUGGCAUACUUUAGAUUUGAAGAGAUGGACCUAGCCUUAGGAAUGCUUGCAGAGGUUGAUAUAGCUGAAGAAGGGAUUUUGUUAUUGAUCUUUGGUGCCAUUUACAUGAUAGUUGACAGAAUUGGAAACGAUGCUGAGGUUUCUGCUGCACUAAGAAUACUGGCAUUAGGAGCUCGUUUCGCAAUCCAGAUGCUUCGUAAAUUUGCCAUUUUGGAACUUACGAAUGAAUGUUCACAACCUCUACUCAUGUCUUCUAAAGAUCAUAGAAAAUUCACAGAUUCUAGAAGGCUACAUGAGAUGGCCUAUUACCUGGAGAUUAUUCGUAAUAUCCAAUGUCAACUUGCUGCAAAAUUCACAAGGCUGGGGAAAGGAUCGUUACAGGUGGAUACCUUGGAAGCACAUCCUGAGGGCCCACAGAACUCACCCGAGGAUCAUUAUCAGCUUUCUUCUGCUACUGAUGAUGUGAUAUUGGAGAAACCAAACAAACAUGAACCUGCUUUACAUGAAAGGGAUGCAAGCUUUAACGAAUCUGAGAAACUUUCAUUAGUGCCUGUUGAACCACUGGGAUCUAAUCGUCUUGUGAAUUCAGAAAUGCCUGAUGAAGAGUCCAUUCUUGUGUCAGGGGCAAUCCCAAGAACAAAACUUUUCCCCAUGGAGAACCCUAAAGAAAUGUUUGCACGUUGGGAGAUGGACAAUUUGGACUUAAGGAAUGUUGUUAAAGAUGCUUUAUUGGCUGGCCGUCUUCCACUGGCAGUUCUUCAGCUCCAUCUUCAUCAAAGAAAAAAAUUUGUUGAUGACAAGAAGCCCAGCGAUACAUUUUCUGAAGUUCGUGAUAUUGGAAAGGCUAUUGCAUAUGAAUUACUCUUAAAGGGUGAGACUACAUUGGCUGUUUCCACACUGCAAAAGCUUGGAGAAGACAUAGAAGCUUGUCUGAAGCAGUUGAUAUUUGGUACAGUGAGCAGAUCACUGCGGAAGCAAAUUGCUGAAGAAGCGAAAAAAGAUGGAUUUCUCGGGUUAGAUGAGCUGGCAAUACUUGACAGAAUAUCAUUGAUUGAGAGGAUUUACCCAUGCAAUAACUUUUGGAAAACAUAUGCGUUCCGAAGAAAGGAAGGCAGUGAAGAUUUACUGCCUACUAAAGCAUCUGGAAAUUAUAGAUUGCAUCUCUUAUUCCCCCCUGUUUUCAGAAAUCUUGUUAUUGAGUGUGGUGACAUUGAUGGAGUAGUUUUAGGUUCAUGGGCAAAUUUUAAUGGUGUUGGCAGCACUGAGAUUGACGACGACAGCAGCCAUGCCGGGUAUUGGGCUGCAGCUGCUGUAUGGUCGUAUGUUUGGGACCAAACAACUAUUGAUCGUAUUUUGCUGGAUCAACCUUUUCUAUUGGGUGUUCAUGUGAUGUGGGAAUCACAGUUGGAAUAUCAUGUAUGCCAUAAUGAUUGGGAGGAAGUAUCUAAACUUUUGUACAUGAUUCCAAGCUCGUUACUAGCUGAACAAAGUCUCCUAAUCAGUCUGGAUAGUUUGCAGUCUUCUUCCUCAUCUAGAUACAGUAUGGAAUUCCCAGAUUAUGGCAGUUAUGCAUGCUCUCCUGACGAAUUAGAUGCAGUUUGUAUCGACAUUCCAAAUGUUAGGAUUUUUAAUUCUUCAGCCACUGGAAUGUGCUCAUCAUGGUUGAGAAUUCUCAUAAGUAAAGAGCUUGCCAAGAGAUUCAUUUUCCUAAAAGAAUAUUGGGAUGGAGCAGGAGAAGUAAUCUUUCUGCUGGCCCAAUGUGGCUUUCUUGAUGGAGAAAAUGGGAUGGCUGCUCAGAAUGGAUCCUUGGACCACUCAGCAAUUUUGGAUCCUGCAAAUGUUGGAGUAUUGCACCCAAAUACUCUACAGGCCUUCCAUAAACUUCUUGUGCAUUAUGCUGCACAAAAUAACUUGCCAUAUUUCCUAGACCUUUAUCUUGAUCAUCACAAGCUGGCCCUGGAUGAUGAGGCUAUCAGUGCAUUACUGGAAGCUACAGGGGAUCAUCAAUGGGCAAAAUGGUUGCUCUUUUCAAGGAUUAAGGGGCAUGAAUAUGAUGCAUCGUUCUUUAAUGCCCGUGCACUUCUAGUGCGUGAUGUAUCCUCUGACAGUAGCCUCCCUGUUUUGGAGGCAAAUGAAAUAAUUUCUACUGUCGAUGAUAUUGCUGAAGCUGGAUGGUUAAUGGCAGCUCUGGCCACAUUAAUGUUUGCUCCCUUGCCUAUACAAAGCUGCCUGAGCAGUGGAAGUGUGAAGAGGAGCAGUAACUCCUUUCAGUGUACAUUGGAAAAUUUGAGGCCAGCCCUCCAAAAGUUCCCUACUCUAUGGCGCACACUUGUGGCAUCCUGUUUAGGACAUGAUACAACUCAGAGCUUCUGGGGUCUUAAAGGGAGGAAUGCUCUAUCAGCAUAUAUCAAGUGGCGGGAUAGUGUCUUUUAUUCAUCUGGACAUGACACAUCACUUCUGCUAAUGCUGCCUUGCUGGUUUCCCACAAGUUUGCGGAGAUUAAUUCAACUUUUUGUUCAGGGUCCACUGGGAUGGCAGUCUAUGACAAGUCUGACAGCUGAAGAAGCUUAUCUGCAGCGUGAUAUAGAAUUUCUUAUGAAUGUCCAGGAAUACUCUGAGAUUAGUGCAAUGUCCUGGGAAGCAGCUAUCCAGAAACAAAUCGAACAAGAAUUGUAUCCUUCUUCAAUAGAGGAAACUGGACUUGCUCUGGAGCAGCACUUGCAUCGUGGACGUGCACUGGCUGCCUUUAACCAACUUCUUGGUUCUAGGGUCCAUCAGCUUAAAUCUGGUGUCGUUGAUAGAGGACAAUCAAAUACAUCGCUUCGUGGGCAAGCAAAUGUCCAGUCAGAUGUGCAAACACUGCUUUCCCCACUGACACAAGACGAAGAAUCUUUUCUUUCCUCGGUUGUGCCCCUGGCUAUAACCCAUUUUCAAGAUCAUGUGCUGGUUUCUUCGUGUGCUUUACUGCUGGAGAUUUGUGGUUUAUCUGCUAGUGUGCUUCGUGUUGAUGUUGCUGCGUUGAGACGAAUACAUUCCUUUUACAGAUCCAAUCAAAUUAUGCAACAGAACCAACUCUUGUCCAACAAUGCUACACUACAUGCUGCUUCUAGCGAAGCAACUGUUGCAGAUUCUGUUGCUCAAGCUCUGGCAGAUUAUUACCUUCACCAGAGUGGAAAUAUAAAUAAACAGGAGGAUGCUCAGAAGCCUGCUACAAAUCAUCUGCCUCCAACUCUAUUGCUUGUGCUUCAGCAUCUGGAGAAGGCUAGCCUUCUAUCAUAUGCUGGUGAGAAAACAUGUGGCUCUUGGCUGUUGAGUGGCGAAGGUGAUGGAAAUGAAUUAAGAUCUCAACAAAAGGCUGCAAGUCAGCACUGGAAUUUAGUUACUCUAUUUUGCCAGAUGCAUCGGAUUCCUUUGAGCACUGUGUACCUUGCUUUCUUAGCAAGAGACAAUGACUGGGUUGGAUUUCUCUCAGAGGCGCAGGUUGGUGGAUAUCCAUUUGAUUUGGUGAUUCAAGUGGCUGCUAAAGAGUUUACUGAUCCACGUCUUAGGACUCACAUAUUGACAGUCUUGAGAGGCAUGCAGUGGAGGAGGAAGAAUGCCUCGCCUUCUAAUUCAGAUUCUCCAAAAGGAAGGAAUGAAUCUUCCCAUCCAGAUCAAACUUUGUUUAUAUCAGCUGAACUUUUUCAAAUAUUAGCUCAAUGUGAAAAACAAAAGGAAUCAGGAAAGUCACUUCUUUUGAAGGCAAAGGAGUUGAGCUGGUCUUUGUUGGCUGUGGUUGCUUCAUGUUUUCCUGAUGUUGCUCCACUAUCUUGCUUAACAGUCUGGCUGGAAAUUACAGCUGCAAGGGAGAUAUGCUCAAGUAGAGAAAAUGAAAUUGCCACUCAGAUAGCAAAUAAUGUUGGAGCUGCUGUAGAGACUUUGAACUCCCUGCCAGCUGGUGAUAGAGUUUCUACUGUCCAUUAUAAUCGGAAAAGUCCAAGGCGUCGACGUCUCAUGAAUGACAUUUCUGAGGACUUUUCUUCUGCCACUGCGAGUUGCACCUCAAAUGAUCAUGCAAAAAUACUUGUUGAAGAGUUGAAGGAAUUAGGAACCAAGGAUGAUGUCAAAUUGGUGAAGAGUUCUGAUGACUGGUCUACAUCUCUGCCUAAACUGGUUGCUGUUCUUUGUCAGCGAAAUCAGUUUUUUCCUUUGCUGAGAGCAUUUGAGAUGUUUCUUCCUUCAUGUCCUUUGUUACCAUUCAUUCGUGCUCUUCAGGCAUUUUCUCAGAUGCGUCUAUCUGAAGCUUCAGUUCAUUUGGGGGUGUUUUCAUCCAGUAAGGAGGAGGCAUCAUGGAUAAGCUCGACUGCUGUGAAAGCUGCUGAUGCUAUUCUUUCAACAUGCCCAUCACCUUAUGAAAAAAGAUGCUUACUACAGCUUCUCGCUUCUUCUGAUUUUGCUGAUGGAGGAUCUGCUGCUGCAUAUUAUCAACGUCUAUACUGGAAAAUUAAUUUAGCAGAGCCUGCGCUUAGGAAGCAUGAGGAUCUUCAAUUAGGAAAUGAGACUUUGGAUGAUGCUUCUCUCUUAACAGCACUUGAAAAUAAUGGUUACUGGGAACAAGCCCGCAGUUGGGCACGUCAAUUGGAGGCCAGUGGCACGCCAUGGAAGUCUGCUGCUCACCAUGUUACUGAAAGACAGGCGGAGUCUAUGGUUGCUGAAUGGAAGGAAUUUCUUUGGGAUGUACCCGAAGAGAGAGUUGCUUUAUGGCGUCAUUGUCAAAAUCUGUUCAUAAGAUAUUCAUUUCCUGCUCUAAAGGCAGGAUUGUUCUUUCUCAAACAUGCAGAGAUGGUGGAGAAAGAACUUCCAUCAAGAGAGCUACAUGCAUUGUUACUUCUUUCUCUACAAUGGUUAAGCGGAAUAAUUACGCAGUCUAACCCUGUAUGUCCUCUUCAUCUCUUGCGGGAAAUUGAAACCAGAAUUUGGCUGCUAGCUGUAGAAUCUGAAGCUCAUAUAAAGGGUGAGCAGGUUUCCAAUUUUACCAGAUCUAGUCAAGAUCAGAUGUCAGGAAAUAGUGCCAACAUCGUGGACCAAACUGCAGAUGUUGUCAUGAAAAUGGAUAGCCACAUAAAUUCAGUGAAAAAUAGAGCUUCUGAGAAAGGAGAUAUCAAAGAAAAUAAUAAUUUGCGUCACAAGAGCUCACUAACCUGGGAUGCUGGCAUAUCAGCUGCAACUGGGAGCACAAAGAUUAAACGGAGGACUAAACCAUAUGGUUCCUCUAGACAGUCCAUGACUGAAAUUGACAGGAGUGCUGAUGUUGAUUCUGAUGCUGAUGGGAGUUCUCUCCCUCCUUUGAACCAUAUAUAUGACUUACAAGAUGAAAAUCUGAGAAUCGAUGCAUCAUUUUCAAGUUGGGAAGAAAGAAUUGGACCAGCAGAACUUGAAAGGGCUGUCCUUUCAUUAUUGGAAUUUGGACAAAUAACUGCUGCCAAGCAACUGCAACAUAAGCUUUCAUCUGGCCAUGUGCCUUUUCAGUUGAAAAUUGUAGAUGCUGCCCUAAAAUUUGCAGAACUGUCAACACCACUGCAGAAGCAUUCCUUGUUAAUGCUGGAUGAGGAUUUACGUUCUCUUAUCCAGUCAUAUAACCUGCCAACUGAAGAUCAUCUCUUUGAUCCACUCCAGGUGCUAGAGAGUUUAUCUGACAUAUUGACUGAAGGUAGUGGACGUGGACUUUGCAAGAGAAUCUCUGCUGUUUUGAAGGCUGCUAAUGUCUUGGGUGUUUCAUUUGCGGAAGCCUUUGAGAAGCAGCCAACUGAUUUGUUACAGUUGCUUUCUCUUAAAGCACAAGAUUCUUUUGACGAAGCAAGACUUCUGGUACAGUCUCAUCCUAUACCAGCUACGAGUAUUGCAAAAAUUUUGGCAGAAUCCUUCUUGAAGGGUUUAUUAGCAGCGCAUCGUGGCGGAUACAUUGAUUCUCAAAAGGAGGAAGGGCCUGCUCCUUUGUUGUGGAGGUUUUCAGACUUUUUGAAGUGGGCUGAUUUGUGUCCCUCAGAACAAGAGAUAGGGCAUGCAUUAAUGCGAUUAGUUAUUACGGGUCAAGAAAUUCCACAUGCCUGUGAGGUUGAACUUCUUAUUCUGUCGCACCACUUCUACCAGUCAUCAGCUUGUCUUGACGGGGUCGAUGUUCUUGUAGCCCUUGCGGCAACAAGGGUUGAGGCUUAUGUUUCUGAGGGUGACUUUUCUUGCUUGGCUCGUCUUAUUACUGGAGUAGGAAACUUCCAUGGACUGAAUUUUAUACUUGGCAUUCUUAUUGAAAAUAAACAACUGGAUCUUCUUCUUCAAAAGUAUUCUGCAGCUGCUGAUGCAAACAGUGCUGUUGCUGAAUCUGUCCGAGGAUUUCGUAUGGCUGUUGUUACAGCACUAAAGCAUUUUAACCCCAACGAUCAUGAUGAUUUAGCCAUGGUUUAUAAACACUUUGACUUGAAGCACGAAACAGCUUCUUUACUUGAGUCACGAGCUGAACAGUCUUAUCAGCGGUGGAUCCUGCGCCCUGACAAGGACCACAAUGAAGAUCUCCUUGAAUCAAUGCACUUUUACAUUGAAGCUGCAGAGGUUCACUCCUCUAUUGAUGCUGGCAAUAAAACGCGUUCUGCUUGUGCCCAGGCUUCCCUCGUAUCCCUUCAAAUUCGUAUGCCUGAUAUCCAGUGGUUGAAUCUGUCUGAGACCAGUGCUCGUAGGUUACUGGUUGAGCAGACACGUUUCCAGGAAGCAUUGAUUGUGGCUGAAGCUUAUAAAAUAAAUCAACCUAGUGAAUGGACACCGGUGUUGUGGACCCAGAUGCUUAAACCAGAAGUUGUAGAGCAAUUUGUGGCUGAAUUUGUGGCUGUGCUUCCUCUCCAGAAUUCUGUGCUCAUUGAAUUGGCUAAAUUUUACAGGGCGGAGAUGGUAGCAAGGGUAGACCAGUCCCAUUUUUCAGUCUGGCUCACAGGAGGAGGUUUACCAGCAGAAUGGGCCAAGUAUUUGGGGAGGUCAUUUCGCUGUUUGCUGAAAAGAACAAGAGAUUUGAGGUUCCGUUUGCAGAUGGCUUCCAUUGCAACUGGGUUUAUCGAUGUGGUUGAUGCAUGUAACAAGACAUUGGACAAGGUUCCUGAAAAUGCUGGACCACUUGUGCUUAGAAAAGGGCACGGUGGGGCAUAUCUCCCAUUGAUGUAGAAGGGAUAAUGAAGGAGAUAGUGAAUUUUAAUGCAGAAGAAAAGUUGGUAAUAAUGUGAUUGUAUUGAUGCAAUAAGCUUGCUUAACGUUUCCGAAAUCCCUGGUUAUCUGUGCUGCAGAAAGGAGUGAAUUCUGUUAGUAUAUGGAAACAAAUGAAGGUGGACAUGGCAAGGAUUGUGAAAAUUUUGUAGAUUAUGUGCGAUGUUGGUUUGCUGUCUUCUAGAGUCCAUAUGGUUUGAAAUCCCAGUUAAUUGGCACAGAAGAAAUCUGUCCCUAGACAUUAGGCAACUUAGUAGUAUACAACUUGAGUGUAGAAUUCUAGAUUCAGGUAAAAAGCUUGUGGAUUUUUUAGGCAAGCAUUGGGUGGAGGCCUGUGUUCAUCAUCUGGAAUGAAUUUUUGUGAGGUAUGCUUCAUCAUUUGGAAUGAAUUUUUGUGAGGUAUGCUGAGUCUCAAAUUUUGUAGGACAAAGGUAUAUCAUUCUUUCGAAAGGAAAUGUAAAUUCUGUAAAUAUCAGUUCUCAAACAAGAGGACAAUUGAGUUAUCCAGUGCAGUUCACAUUUACCGAAUCAAGAAGUGAUUUAAUUCAGAGAUA